CUUUCCAUGGCGCUUCGUCGUAAGAAUAAUCUCUCUCAAGUAUCAAGGAGAAAGUAUACGGGUAGAUGCUAUAUCGGUGCGAUGGCUUGUGGUAUCGUGUGGGCCUUUGCAUCGCUUUCGCGGUCUUGAUAUACCCGAGCCCAACGCGGAGGUGUAUUCUUUUGGUCGGUUUCUGGCAUCUUCCUUGCUCUAUGGGAUAUGCUGUCAUUCGAUGCGUGGGGAGGGGGAUGGGGGAGGGAUCCACGCCGCGGUAUGUGUGUGUUCUCGAUUGGGGUGUUUGCAGAAGUCGGGGUUACUCGGGUGGGCAGCGGCGACUGUUUCUCUACUAGGUAGUUUUAUGCCGAAGUCAUGGUAUGGUAUAUGGUGAAUGUUCGUUGCUAUUGUCGAUGUUUACCUCUCCCUCACGUGUCGCACGUUGAAUGACCCUAGUAGCAUCCAAGUCCGGAUAACCGAUUGUUUUGUUUUGCUACCUGGCAUAGUACCUCGCUC